CGGUCUUCCACUCAUCCCGCGAAUGCGGCAGAGAUACACCGAUACAUAGACGUAGCGUCUGCCGCGCCUGCAGCUCCCUUCUUUCGGACAUUUAUUCUCAGCUGUUCUACGGUUGCGAAUAUAUAUCACGCUCAUCCAUGGACCGGUAGCACCACGUUCGCCUCCACGUCAACCCAGGCAUCAUGGAGAAAUAUUCGCAGUUCCGGGACAAAGGCACCGCGAUUGCGCCCUUCCUCCCCGUCCCCACACCGUCCGCCAGCGCCGUCUGGACGCCGAUCCACAUAUUCCUCUUCAUCGUCCGCGCGCCCGCCGUCUUCUUCUUCUCGCUCUUCUACUUCGGCUUCCUCGAGUUCCUGCCCGUCGGCUCUUUCGUCAAGAAAUGCGUGCUCUGGGUGAUCCUCGCAGUCCCGGGCGUCUGGUGGGUGGACUUACAAGUCGAUGGCGUCAAGAGGGGCAAGCUAGCGGAGAAGCAAAACCACUUGCCGCAUCCGGGGACGAUCAUUGCGAGCAGCUUCACGAGUCCGCUGGAUCCACUCUAUUUGGCGGGGAUAUUUUGCCCUGUGUUUACGAGGAGUUGGCCUGGGGAACGGAGGGUGGAGCGGAUUACGCUCUUUAGGGCUAUUGCGCUGGCGUUUUCAAAGCCACAGCUCGAACCGCCGAAGGAGGCGAAUUUGGUUACGUUGAAGGAACUUGGAGAGCAGUAUCCGCGGUCGAUUAUCUGCGUGUUUCCAGAGUGCACGACUACGAAUGGGAGGGGCAUUCUACCGUUCAGCCCCAGUCUCCUGACUGCAGACCCGAGAACGAAGAUCUACCCCGUAAAUCUGCGAUACACCCCCGGCGAUAUCACCACGCCUGUACCGGGCCAUGUGCUCAGCUGGAUAUGGAAGCUGCUCUCGAAACCGACGCACUAUAUGCGGGUGCGAAUUGCGAGGCAUAUGUACAACAAUGCUGCGCUGGAUUCGCCGGCUGCGAGGGCGACCAAGAGCACGGCGACGGAUAUCGGCUUUAAUACGAAUAUCUUUGAUAGUCCGCAUAUGAGGAAUGGGGGCGGAGAUGAGGAAGCAACGGUCAUUGAGGGGGUCGAGCAGAGGGUGCUGGAUCGGGUGGCGGAGGAUUUGGCGAGGUUGGGAAGGGUGAAGAGGGUGGGUUUGGGGGUGCCGGAGAAGAUCGAAUUUGUGAAGGUUUGGACCAAGAGGAGACGGUAAAUGGAGAAGAGAGUACGACUCAAUGUCAAUGCGUAGCGGGGAGUCUGGCAGGCCAUGUGGAAAUAUUUCAGCGAUAGAUAUGGCGGUGCACUCCUGAGCGUGGAGAG